UAGUAAUGUAGCUAAGGUACGGAAGUACACGAUGCCGUCCGUACCUACCGUAUCAAGCGAGAAAGCAAAGGGAAGGAAGGAAGUAGGGGACGACCUCGAGUUGGCAAGAAUGAACGGGAAGGAAGGAGUUCCGCAGCGGGAUAGUCCCGCUGGAAGGACUGGAAGGCAGGCAUGAAAAAGCAUCAAGGGUACAGUUCCCAUUUGUUUGAUAAUUCCAACUCAUGGCUCAUACCUCUCGUCAUGCACUUUCGUUUCUUGUCCAAUUUACUCUUCCCAGUCCCAGACUCCCACGUCUUUGUUUUUCUUUUCUUUUUCUGGUCCCUUCCGUAGACCCCGAACCCCCAAUCCGCUAUACCGCCUCGGCCCUCGAAUUAGUACCUUCCCUGACGGAUACUCACAGCCUGACCAGACCUCCAGUCGCACAUCGUUCCCGUUUCUGUCACUGCCAGCUGCCAAGAAAGGAGUCGACGUACUCCAUCCGUACAUACGUCCUUCUGCAAGGUCCUCUGCAGUUUGUUGGUCUUCUAGACUCCCACCUCACACAUUAGAUCCAUUCGUAUAAUCAUGCCCACCCACAUACAGUAAUAGCUACUAGUAGUCCACCCCCCGGCGCCGUAUCU